CAACAUGGCCACGAGGAGUCCUCAAUCGUGCAGGUCCGGGCCCUCGGCGGUCUAGAAGCCGCUUCUGAGUUCAAGUGCGCUCCUCAGCCAGGCCGCCCAGGGAAGCCAGUGGCGGCGGGCGCCGGGCUAGCGGCGAGGCCGCCCGAGUGACAACGACUUGCCGCGAGCCCAAGGGAGAGCGGAUCCAAGUUUCGCGGGCCCGCCCGCGGCGGAGCCGUUACCGCGGCGCGCCGGAAGUGGCCCUGGGCCGCCGUCCUGGCCGCGCCUUCGGAGAGCGAGCUCCCGUCUAGUCGGCGACGCCAUGGAGCCCGGGGCAGCCGAGCUGUACGAUCAGGCCUUGCUGGGCAUCCUGCAGCACGUGGGCAAUGUCCAGGACUUCCUGCGCGUGCUCUUCGGCUUCCUCUACCGCAAGACUGACUUCUACCGCCUGCUGCGCCACCCCUCCGACCGCAUGGGCUUCCCUCCGGGGGCCGCGCAGGCGCUGGUGCUGCAGGUGUUCCAGACGUUUGACCGCAUGGCCCGUCAGGAUGACGAAAAGAGGAGGAAGGAGCUGGAGGCGAAAAUGAGGAGAGAGGAGGAGGCAGUGGCGGCAGCAGUGGUGGCGGAGGCGGCAGAGCAGGAGCUGGUCCCUGCCCCAUUGCAGGAAGUGGAAGUCAACUCCACCACAGACGUGGCUGCAGACGUGUCUGUGGAGCCUCCUGGCCAGCCAGACGCUGUGCAGGGGGCGGCCCUGGGCUCCCAGGAGGACGCUGAGCCACCAGGCUCCAACAUGGGUGCUGCCCAGGCCUUGAGGGAACCCCCAGCUCCUCCCAAGAGGCAGGAGCAGUUCCAGAGGAACCCCGACAGCUACAACGGGGCGGUGCGUGAGAACUACACCUGGUCCCAGGACUACACCGACCUGGAGCUCAAGGUGCCGGUGCCCGCGCAUGUGCUGAAGGGCAGGCAGGUCUCGGUGUCCCUCAGCAGCAGCUCCAUCCGGGUGGCCGUGCUGGAAGGCCAAGGGGAGCGGGUCCUCAUGGAGGGGAAGUUCACCCACAAGGUCAACACCGAGAGCUCCCUGUGGAGCCUGGAGCCCGGCAAGUGUGUGCUGGUGAGUCUGAACAAGGUGGGCGAGUACUGGUGGAGCGCCGUGCUGGAGGGCGAGGAGCAGAUCGACAUCGAGCAGAUCAACAAGGAGCGCUCCAUGGCCACGGUGGACGAGGAGGAGCACGCCGUGCUGGACAGGCUCACCUUUGACUAUCGCCAGAAGCUGCAGGGGAAGCCGCAGAGCCACGAGCUGAAAGUCCACGAGAUGCUGAAGAAGGGGUGGGACGCAGAAGGCUCUCCCUUCCGCGGCCAGAGGUUCGACCCGGCCAUGUUCAACAUCUCCCCGGGGGCCGUGCAGUUCUAGUGCCCAGGAGAGGGUGCUCUGGCCGGGCCCCUCCUGUGGGGGACUCGCAGACCCCUGGCCCCACCCUGCCCUGCAUCUCAAGACUGUUCCAGAGCAGGGCGGGGCUGCGCCAAGGGGGAUGCUGGCCAGCGUGGGACUUCCCCCAUGGGCAGCACCGGCCCUGCUGGCCCCCUACUCCCCGCCUCGCUCGCCGCUGACCUGUAGCUCUGCUUGUUCUUCUUAUGCUGGGGGAGGCAGGUGUGGGGGAAGUGGAUGUGCAGGGUGGGCCAAGCAGUUUGGGGGGCACCCAGCCUCCCUCUCUGGGCACAUUCAACGCAGUCCCGUCCACUUGCUCGUGAGUGACUGCUGCCUCAGUGCCAGGACCACAUUCCCCAGGGAUGUGGACACAGCAGGACCUCUGGCCAGGCUGCCCUGUUCCACUUGACCCAGCACUCUCCUCCAAUGGGACUCCAUUCUUGCCCACAUGAGCCACGCCAGCCCCUCAGGACCAGAUGUGUCAGCAGUCUGCUCCCAGUGCACUCUGGACUGAGCCCAUCGCCAGGACGUGGUCCCACAAACGAACUGGGGGACAGGGAACCUGUCGGGAGGUGGUCCUUCUAGAGACUUCCUCCUCAGUGGCGUGCGUGCAUGGGAGCUCGUUUGUUGCUGCUCUUUCUGCUCGAAGUGUCUCCCUGGGGGCCUGGGGGCCUGUGAUGCCGUCAUGGGGGCAUAGAUGCUAGCUGAGGGCUGUGCCGCCUGAGGUGAGAGCCUUUACUGAGACUGUCCUCAAAGCUGGUCCUGGGCCUGCUGAGACUCCACCACAGGCCUCUAGGUCUUGUGUCGCCUGCGUGACAGCCACUCUCCAUGUGUCUAUCUCCAUGUCCUUCAUAUCUCUCCUGCCCCCCUGGGGGUCUUGGAGUGACCAGAUGGGGUGUCGUACCUGCGUCUCGGGGCUAGGGAGGCUGGAACCCAGGACUCUGGCCAGCCGUCUUUGGCCUGAUUUCAUUUUGGCGUCAUGUCUCUACCUGCCCCUGCAGGCUGUGACGGUGUCUGGGCAGCGCCGGUCCCACAAGGCUGAUAGCAGCAGGUCAUCUGGUGGGCAACCUCUGCUCCUCAGCGCCCUGGACUUGCUGCUCCUGCCUGUUUUCUCUCUGCAGACUCGGCUGCAGCAGACAGGCCGCUGACUCCCGGCGCGGCCCCAGGACAGGAAGCCACCGUCCACAGCGUGGGGCUGCAAUAAAUCUGUAUUUAAGCA